AUGAUGGUAGCAAAUAAGUGUGAAAAUGUGAUAAUAAUUGGUGACUUAAACCAAAACACAGUGAGUGAGGCAUUUAACACACUCAUGGUUGUGCACGACUUGCACAACUAUAUCACCUUUCCCACUCACCGCUCUGGAUCAUCCUUCGAUCCAGUCGUGACCGACCUUCCCUCCGAUACCAUACAGUGUUCUUCCCUAGACUUUGUGGGCACUUCGGACCAUGUGGCAGUCCUCACAAGGAUUAGUUUCAAGAGGCCACGUGAGGAGUGCUACACUCGAACACUGUGGAGGUGGGAGAAGGCAAACUGGCAGGCUAUGCGAGCCUCCCUCAAAACUACUGACUGGGAUGAAGUGUUAUGUGGAGACACUGACCAGCAGGUGGGGCAGUUCACAGAGCUGCUUCACACCCUGCAGGACCGCUGGGUGCCCCACUCCACACACCAAACCAAGGCAUCAGACCAACCCUGGUUUGGACCAGAAUGUCGAGCUGCCUCUGACGCAAAGUACCGUGCCUGGCUCACCUUUAAGAGGCAUCCCACAGCAUGGAACAGGCAGCGACACAGGGAGGCAACCGACCACAUGAGGGCUACUCAAGAGUGGGCCUCUGACCAAUGGGUGACUGAUCUCAAGAGGAAGCUGCGGGCGGCCAGUGCUUACGGACCAGCAGGUGGCCAAGUAUCUGGAAAGUGGCUAGUGUUGUGCCAGUACACAAGAAAACGAAAGAACAGUGGCAAAAACUAUCGUCCGGUGUCCCUGCUGCCUGUGCUCAGCAAGGUGCUCGAGUCCAUAGUGGCCUCAAGAGUCACAGAGCACCUUGAGAAGCACCACCUACUGUGUAGUCGGCAGUUUGGGUUCAGGCCGGGCAGAUCGGCCGCUGACCUUCACCUGCUGCUCACCUCGGAAUGGAGUGCUGCUCUGGACGCAGGCAAGGCCACUGCAGUUGUUGCCCUUGACAUCGAAGGGGCUUUUGACAAGGUGUGGCCUGCAGGCCUCCUUGCAAAGCUCCGUGCUGCAGGUGUGGAUGGGCCCAUCUUGUUGCUGUUUGGAGAUUACUUGAGAGAGAGGAAUCUCAAAGUAGUCAUUGAUGGCCAAGAGUCUGAACAGCAUGCAGUAAAAGCAGGUGUUCCUCAGGGAAGCUGUCUCGGCCCCCUGCUCUGGAACAUCUACAUAAACGACCUCCUGCACUUAAUCCCCAGUGUAAGAGCUUAUGCUGAUGACCUCACGCUGGCUCAGAGCUUCAGCUCAGCUGAGGACACUGCCACGGCCGACCACAUGAACGUUACCCGGAACAGCAUUGUGUCGUGGGACAGCAAGUGGCAAGUAAAAUUUGCCCCAAACAAAACACAAAUGACAAUCAUCUCAAGGUCAAGGACGCCCCUUCAGCUCAGCCUUGAGGGGAAAACUAUACGGCAGCAAGACGAGAUGGAUGUACUGGGGGUCACAUAUGACUUUGCGCUGACCUUCAGGCACCACAUAGAGCGUCUAGCCAGGGAGGCCUCAGGUAAGCUGGCGUCACUCAGGAGGAUGUCGUGGCUCCUUGACGACAAAGGCCUGGAGAUAUUGUACAAGGCUCAAUUCGUUCCUCCCUGGAGUACUCGUGUCUUGCGUGGGGAGGAGCGGCGAGCAGGCAUCUUUCCCUGUUGGACAGGGUACAGGCUCGGGCAGUGAGGCUCAAAGGACAGUGGGGCCAGAAAUGAGCCAAAGCUCCACUCCCUUCAGCAUCGCAGGGACGUAGUGGGCCUAGCUGUGAUGUACAAAAUACAGCAACAGCGAAUCCCGCAUCUCCAAGCUCUCCGCCACCCCCUGCGGCGGGCACAAGUGACCGACCACUCGGGCUGUCACUUUAAUGCCUGGUGAAUUAUUUCAGUGCCGAUGCCGUACUUGGCACCAUCAACGUCAGUACGUUCACCAUUAUGGUAAAUCAGGAACACUUUAAUUGCUGCACAGAUAGACUUCAGUGAAAUGAAUCUGCAGCAAUUCAAGAAGUGUGUCAACAUCUGGUUGCCAUAAGCAACAGAGUAACAACUGUUAAAAACAUUUAGAGUUAGGCUUUUACAUAGGGAACACUAAAAAUGUUCCCUUUAGCCUGUAAAGUGCUACAUCAUAUGUAAAAAUAUUUUGUAACAUACUCUUCAACUAUGUAUUGAUUUGUGUAAAUAAAAAAAAAAAAGAGACAGGGGGGGAGAAGAGAAGAGAGAGAGAGAGAGAGAGA